CCAAGCAGAAAACCCCACAGUACAACUGACAGUGGAUUUUGCAGCUCAGACGAGGAAACGAGAGGCAACAGAGAGUAGCAGAAGGAAGAGAAGCCCGAUUUCUCCUCUGUCAAAUGUCAGUUUACAGAGAAUAAAACUGGAUUAUAUGAAUUUUUCCAUCUGAAUUUGUUGGAAGAUUUUUGUUUAACGCACGGGAUAUCGUAUUCAUUUUUGAAUUGAUCAUCUGUACACACACACACACACACACACACACACACACACACGCUCGAUCGACUCACAGGCAGCGUGCGUGGGUAACAUCUACCAUACGAUGGAUGGUAUUCUGUGUCACCGUUGAUCGGUGUGAUUAACGCGAAUCACCGGAGAUGAGUCACUGGAUUGUUUCACGGGGACGUUAUUUCUCGAAACGUAACGUUAGUAGGCUAAUCAACUUGUCAUCGCACUGAACGGGCUUUCCUGUCAUCAUUGUGAAUACGUGAGACAUUGUGAGACGUUCGCCUAUUGUGGCAGAUUUCAUAUUGGAAUAUUUUUGAACAAAAGUCUUAAAUCUUCAGAGUUAAUGUGAAGGUGGAACACUUCAACCUCUAUAUAAUAAUCAGAUUAUGAAGAUUCUGCCUCCUUGCGUCAAUGACGGCUAAAAUGGAAACCCCUUUCUACGACGACGAGGCUCUAGGUGUUCCUCACAACUUCGGACAACACCAUGCAGAUUACCAACGUUACCAGGGCCACAAGAUGAUGAGUAAAAAAGUGGCACAUAACUUCUCAGGAGGUUCCCACAGCAGCUCUGGCCUGAAACUGUUACAAAACCAGCCGGGGAGCAACUGCAAUAUCAACCCUAAUAACCUGGGAGGGAUUAACAGCAACACAAACAGCUCCUUAAUACCCGGCGGCUUGUCAGAUAUGAACCUUCUGAAGCUAGCCUCCCCUGACCUCGAGCACCUCAUCAUCCAGUCUAACCAGGGCUUGGUGACGACGUCUCCCGUCCCCAACCCUAACGGAGGUAACCCCUUCAUGUACCGGAACAACGCCACUAACGAACAGGAGGGUUUUGCCGAUGGGUUCGUCAAAGCCCUGGCGGAUCUCCAUAAGCAGAACCAGCUGGUUGGAGCUCCCAUGUCCCCGUCCUCCUCUAUACAAGGCCCCUACCAGAGGAACAUCAUGCCUGCAGGAGACCUACCCAUCUAUACCAACCUCAGCAGCUACAACCCCAACCACCCCAACCAUAUAUCAUCUUCCUACACAGGGGGUCAGAUGCACGGCGGCUACCCAGGCCACGGACCCCACGGACCCGGAGGCCAAGGGUCCCACCAUACCCACAACAGAGGCCCGGACGCCCCUCAGACUGUCCCAGAGAUACGUCACCCUCCCGGGGACUCCACCUCCUCCCCUCCCUCACUGUCUCCCAUCGACCUGGAGACCCAGGAGAGGAUCAAAGCCGAGAGGAAGAAGCUACGUAACAGGAUCGCGGCGUCUAAGUGUCGUAAAAGGAAACUGGAGCGGAUCUCCAGGCUAGAGGAGAAGGUGAAGGUUCUGAAGACCCAGAACUGUGACCUGACCUCCACCGCCUCGAUACUGAGGGAACAGGUGGCCCAGCUCAAACAGAAAGUCAUGAAUCACGUCACCAACGGUUGCCAGAUAGCAGUCAGCUCAGCAGCCCUGCAGUCCAAGAGCACCGGGGACAGGGAGAGCACCAGCUGCUGAUCAACGGGCUGUACUGUACAGGGAUGAGGAGGGUGGUUUUCUGUUGCUCUGAGUCAGUCCUCUCUAAUGGAAUUAGUACCUCUACAAGGUAAACGAUGGGUGUUGUGAGAGUAAAUAAAGUACGCUAGCUACGUGAGAUGUUGAGGAGAAGGGAGAAUCCCACCUCUCUAUGCUAACUACGUGAGAUGUUGAGAAGGGAGAAUCCCACCUCGCCAUGCUAACAAUCGUGAGAUGUUGAGAAGGGAGAAUCCCACCUCUCUAUGCUAACAAUCGUGAGAUGUUGAGAAGGGAGAAUCCCACCUCUCUAACCUCUACAGACACUUUGAGUUGUAGUAGUAACACAACAAGAAAAGAACAUGAGACACCUCUGUCUUUCUACUUUAGUUUUGUCCUCUCGCAGCCCCGACAGUGACCAAGGUAUCUGUGCUCAGUAGGAGCACAGUAAACCACACACACACACACACACACACAGCAGAGUACCAGACUGAAGACUGUGCUCUACAACACUGACCCUUGUACAUAACCAGGCAACCAUAGGAGAGUGAGGAGCGGAGGACAUUGUUCCUCUAGUAUUCAGUUCAGUAGGUCCCGGCUGUUUGUGGCAAACAGGAAUUCUAAUAACUGAGAGGGUGUGAAACAUCCAGGGUUUCCCUGUAGGGUAGACAGGUACAUGUCACCUCAGAACCAGAAUUCCUACAUUCUAAAAGGUAAUCUCUCUCUCUCUCUUAUGAUUUCAGAAGAACAUUUUUUCCAAAGGCUGUUCUACGGUAUUUCUUACUGUCAUUACCAUAGUAUUUUUGCCAGCUAAACAUUUGAGUCGAAUCAGAAGUAAACUUUUUACUGAGUUUUAACUUUUAAAAAAACAAUUUCAAAACGACAAAUGUGUUACUCCAAGGCCCUGCGUAUUAGACGCUGUAAACUCUAUUUUGAAAUUAAAGAGAAAUUAAGAUAUUUUUUUUUUUCUUUUCACACAAUGUUGAUAUCACCAUGUAUCACCAUGUUGAUCAAAUCUAUUGCAUGUGAUGUGUUUUGUAGAUCAUUUAUUUGUUUAAGAAUUACAGGAUUUAGCUGUAAAAUUGCCACAUUUUAUUUCAGCCUCAUGGCAAAAUGUGUAGAAUAGCAGGAAAUGUGUUUUUCAAAAAUGUUAAAUGCAAAAAAAAUGUGUAGAAUAGCAUGAGAUCAGCUAUGAAAUUGCAAAUGUUUGUAAUGGGGCUCCAGAGUGGCGCAGCGGUCUAAGCCACUGCAUCUCAGUGCUAGAGGUGUCACUACAGACACCGUGGUUCGAAUCCAGGCUGUAUCACAACCGGCUGUGGUUUUUAGUCCCAUAGGGCGGCACAGGAUUGGCCCAGCGUCGUCCGGAUUUGGCCGGUGUAGCCCGUCAUUGUAAAUAAGAAUUUGUUCUUAACUGACUUGCCUAGUUUAAAAUAAAGGUUAAAUAUAUAUAUAUAUAUAUUUUUUUUUUAAAUCUUUGCUCCUUGGCAAUAUGUGUACAAUUGCAGGAAAUUUGCUUUAAAACAACAACAUUUUCUCUCAGCCUCAUGGCAAAAUGUGUCGUCAGAUGCUUCUGUUAAACAAUGGGAGAGUUGGACCGUGGAGGUACUAUCGUUAUCGUUGCUGCGGUACUCCACUGAUGGACUAAUAUAUUGUUCAAUGUGGUAACAUAUUAUAUAUUAUAUACAUUGUGUAUCAGCGCUGUGUUAACCUGAAAUGCACUGUGUCAGAAAUACAUUUUAGAUACAGACAGAUGACAGACAGACAGACAGACAGACAGACAGACAGACAGACAGACAGACAGACAGACAGACAGACAGACAGACAGACAGACAGACAGACAUAAAGGGAAGAGGCUUCUUGAGAAAGCAGCAAGCUAGACUGAAGUAACAAGACAAGGGCUUUUAAUCAAAACUAGAUAAUUACAUUAAUAUCUUAUUUUACAAACAUUUCUGGAGGAAUUUAUUUAUGCAAAAUGUAUCUCUGAUAUUUAUGUUUUCUGUGGAACUACACAGGAUGGAUUUAGUGUCUCGUUUACAAUUUUGGGGGGGGAAUACAAUAUAUUGCACAUAAAUCAAAACAUGAAAUCUUGUCUGAUAUUUAUCUGUGGUCUCAACAUGGACUCUACACAGUGUAGAAAUGUCUUUGGAAACUAUUUGAUACUUUGUUUUUUAAAUUUUUUUUAUUCCUACAGUGCAAAUGUGAUUGUCGAUAAAGUAGGUAAAUCAUAUCAGAAGAGCUUUAAUUACUACGUCAAAACAAAACCUUACUGCAGUGACCGAAACGGAAAGAACAUCGUCUUUCCUUGAUGCCGACACAUUUUUUUAAAUGUGUGUCGUCGGUGUUCUAUUAUGUAUUUGGUGCACUGAAUUUACUUUCAUAUAUUUCUAUACAUAUACAUGUAUAGUUAAUGAUAAUUAUGUAUGUCUUUACUCACAUCAAUCUAGAGAGAGAGAGAGAGAAGAAGAAUCUGUCAAAUAGUUUUUUUUUGGGGGGGGGGGUCUUCAAGAAAAAUAUGUAUUUUUCAAACUUGAAUAAGGCUUUUGAAGUCACUAAUAAUUAUAUAUUUUUGUACAAAAUGUAAAUCAACGUUCCUAAAGUUGAAAGUUCAGUGAAAAUGAUGAGUACAUCCAAUCUGACAUGUUAGUGUACUUCUUUUAGUUCCAUAAUGUACAAUAUUUAUUGAGAUGGAUUUUAAUGGGUGGUGGUGGUGGAGGGAGGGGGAAAUAUUAUUUUCUAUGUGCUGAAGUAGGUGUGUGUACUUAGGAACAAUACUCUUUGUUGUGUAAAGUCGUUGUGAAAUAUUAUUCAUAUGUUUUAUGGUCACAUAUUUAUUUUCCAGUGUAAUACAGAUUUUUUUUUUUAAAAGAAGAAAAGAAAGUUUGUUGAUGGGACCACAGAGGGUGUGUCUAAAUUCGAUCAGAGCUGUGUGUGGAUCUUUCAUUUCCUGAAAAGAGCUAUUCCUCUUUGGGGAGAAUGUUUAACACGUUUUUUUUUUUUUUCUGAGACUAGAUUCAUUUCAGUAACUAAGCCAAUCUGACGGAAAUGUGUUUUUAUACAUGUGAGUAAAGGAAUGUCAAACAGUAGACUAGCACUGUAGUCUGUGGUUUGAUUCUGUAUUGGGUUGAGAUUGUCCCUGAUUAUCUCUGUUAGGCUAAAGCGAUGAUAAAAUUUUAAAGGCACUGUUACAGGUAUUUGGAGAGCAAAGAUAACUAACAGAGAGAGAGAUUACCUGAUGUUCAUUGUAAGCACCUGACCCCUCAUGAUCAAGCCAAAGAUACGAGUUUAUCAGUACAUACAAAGUGUUUAGAUACAGUAUAACAUGGUUUACUUUACAGUGUCUGUUUGAAAAGGGUUUAGAUACAAACAUGUUUGGGUAGACAAGACGUUACACAUCAGCCCUGUUUACACCUGGUUCUAAUUGUCCUGAUCUGUUAAAUCAUCAUUAUCUCACCCUCUAAAAUCAUUUUUCAGGAGGCAUCGUUGACUGAUUACAGCAAUGUGUCUUACAAUAUAUAAAUACAUUAUAUUUUUAAAGAAUAGAUGUUGUAUAAAGAAAUGGACCAGGAAAUCUGGUCACAAUGCAGACACAGUGGACAGUAACACAUUUUAAUACCAUGUGUCGAAACAUUUCUGUAAAUGUGGGCACAUUCAGAAUGUAGACAAGAUCUGGACAAAUGAACCAUGUAUAAACGGGGCCCUUCUGAAAGUUGACUACAUAUUGAAAAAUACAGUAAAUUGUCAUGAUUUAUCACUGUGACGAUGAACAAUCGAUGUGAUCAAUGAUAAAUAUUACCUUGUAAUGGAUCAAUAACAAUACUGAUUUAAAAAAAAGGGGAAGUCAAGCUGCGGCGUAUGACGUCAUAUCCUGUGAAGCGUUGACACAACUGUUGGUUAUGCACUCAAUGGAAAAUUCCAUGUCAGGAGAGUGCGUCCCAAACUGCACCCUUUUCUUGCCUGACGACUCACCCUGAAUUUAAUUCCUCUGCACACUCAGUCUGAACCUGCCACCCCAGCAGUCCUUUUUGUGUGAAAUCAAAACGAAGGGGCAAUUAUACGAAACAAGUAAAUAAACGGUUGGAUUGUCUAGUCAGUCAGAGUAGCAAAAUGGAUAACGUUAAUCGUGUACGCCGGCUCUGGCCCAACCCAACCAAUCAGAACGACGUGUUUCGAAUUCUAUAA